AUGUCUCCGCAUUAUUAUCAGGCAUAUAUGCAGGUCAUGCAGUCCUCCGCGACAAAUGCACAAGGAUAUACCUUGUCAUCCACUUACAUGCCUCAGCACACUAUUGGUGGAACUACUUCACGCAAUGUAUCUCGUGAUACUAGCAAUACCGCCCCUACCAGGACUCACGAUAGAAGGCCAGACUCCACCAGUGGCCAAGCGUAUGCUAGUUGGCACCAGCCUGGAAAUUGUCGCUGUAGCCGUCAAGGUUGUGCGUUUACUGGCUCUAAGAAGUCAGUUGAGAUACAUAUGAUGGAUCGCCACUUUAUAUUCCCCCCUGGAUGGCAGAAAAAAGACGAGUGGGAUACCGAUCCGAGUCUCAAAGGCAAACCCAUUGCGAUUCAGGGAACAUCUUUAAUCCUCGACUCCCAAGAAGCUAUCGAUGGUUGGAUAGCAGAGCGCAAGAAUCGGUUUCCUACUACUACAAAGGUGGAAGACAAGAAGAGGAAGCUUGAGGAGGCCGUCGCGAGAGGCCAGCUGACACCCGAAGACAUGGGUUUACAAGGCCAAAGGAAACGGAGAAAGGAUGAUUCUUCAUUUCGAGGUCAGCAACCAAGGGGUCGAGGAAGGGGUCGAGGAGGGGGCCGAGGAAUCGGCCGUGUCAAUCACACUAGUGCCUCUGUUCCAAGGGCUCAGGAUACAUCAUCGCAGAUGAAACCUCAGGUAGCACCUCUUCCUCCACUCUUCACUGCAGAGCAACAGGACCGGUGUGAUUCCGACUCAAGUUCGGAUGACGGCGCUCCCGAAGUUGUGUCUUCUAAGCCUCCUCUAGCUGCAGAGGCAACUUUAGUCUUAGCAGCGCAGGUCAAGCAAGAAAUAUCACAGUCACCACCUAGACCCAUGAAAAGGCCACCUCUACCUCAACCCAAGCCCCCGCCGCGAAAUCCAUUCGCAUCACGUCCUACCCUGCUCCGGAGCUUGCUUCUUCCUGAAAUCCGCAUCACAGUAUCAAAUUUGUCUCAAGCGAUUCGAUUUUUGGUUGAUAACGACUUUCUGCGAGGAGUUGAGAUGAAGCCAGGCGAGGCGCAGCAAAAAAUGAUUGAAGUAGUGGGAAGCAAUAGCCCUCUACCUCAAACCGCUUUCUCAGAUCCGAAGUUAUAA